UUGAGAGAUGUUGCAAAAUUCGAAUUUCCUCCCAAUUAAAGCUUCAGUUGGCAUACGCACCCAAGGCGAAGAGCAUUCGUCUGAAUAUCAGGUGCCUAAGAGAACAUUUAUGUCUGUGGCAUCUGAGUUCAGAAGGAAGAUGUUCGAACUUUUAUCGCCUGAGGUUACAGAGAUAACGCCGCUUGGGGCCGACAAAAACUUCGACAGGACAUUUAAAUCGUACGUCGAAUUGAGAUAUGGACGACUUGACGUAAGUUUCUUUGCGGUUCAUUUUUUGUACACUAACAUUUGCAUCAUGCAUCCGUUAAUUGAUGUCUUCAUACUCUGGUAACUCACAGGAUUUCAGAAAACAAGUUUGGGCAGCAAAAUUCUCGAGCAGAUGUUGGGAAAAGCUCGUCCAAAUAGAUGCUAAACGCCCUGUUACAGUUUACACGCUAAAAUGGCUUUAUUCCACCACCAGCGAAAAUGAAAUUUUUCAAAACUUAACCAGUGUUUUGGAAAACCCCCAAACGCUCGCAUCGUUGAAUAACGCCGCAAAAUCGAAGACACAAGCCCCAAAACAGAAUUUGAUGCAAGAGGAUCCAGAGCAGUGGAUGAAAGAAAAGGAAGAAGAAAAUGAGAUUUUGAGAAAUGCAUCACAGCAUUUAAGAACAAUUGCCGACCUAAAUGGGACAAUUUCCGGUCUUAGAGCGGACCUCAGUAAAGCCCUUGUUAAAGUCAGCGAACUCGAAAAAAAUAUUGAACGGAUUGUGCAUGAAGAGCACAUUAAAAGAAAGGACUGUCUGAAGGUCAUUGAGACUCAAAAAGAAGAAAUCUUGGACUGGAAGAAURAGUUUCUCAAGGCGAAUUCCGUAUCCUUGGAACCGGAAGUGAAGAAAAAGAAAAAAAGUGAUCCUUUGGAAGCCAGCAGCACUACUACAGUAAAUAUCAAAUUGAUCUGA